AUGGCUAGGUGGGAAAGUUUUGCAGGUUUGGGUGGAGCCCAGCAAAACGACCAUUACCGCUACUGGCAGAGUGUUUCCCCCGCUGUCAGGCUGACGCUGGAGUUCCAGUCGGGCCAGGGGCACCUCCAUAGCAGCUGGUGUGAGCGACAGCAUGGCGCCUAUGCUCUCCCUGGCUACAGCUAUGGCUGUGCAGUGGGCAGAAAUGGAUGCAGCCUCCUUUAUGCCUGUGAGAGCCCAGAAUCCACAGCUGGAGCUUCGGUUACACCCCAGGAAACCACAGCUGUGGCUGAAAACCAAGACGAAGACCCACUAGAAGAUCCCAAUCUUCAUUUGAAUAUUGAAGAAUUAAACAAACAAUUUAUGGCAAAAAGUGAAGAACUCUACGAUUCCCUCAUGAACUGUCACUGGCAGCCCCUGGAUAAGGUUGACUCCAGCAUCCCGAAGUGA